UGAACAGACAUAAGGUGAAGCGAAAAACCCGAUGGGGUUAACUGCACUACUGAUGAAAGGUUGUGGGGGUAAAAAUCUGAAUUCCAAGAGUUCAGUGGGUAAGACGUCCAUUUCUCAAAUUAGAGGAUGACAUUUUAAAGAAAACUAAUACUUGGGGGUGCCAUUGCCAAUGUGUUCUUUCUUCCCGCUCAAGCUAGCAAAGCCGCAUUAACUGUUCUUACUGGAGUGGGUUGUUCGCGAUGAGGUCAGAAACCCUAGCCCCUUCCGGCGGCGCAGCAUCUAUAAAAUGGCACGCGGGCCCUUGCAGACCGAAACCCUAGCACCUUCCCGCGGUCGCCGACAAUCCCAUUUCAAGGCUCGGAUCUCCAAAUCGACCAAUGAAGUUCUCGUCAAUAUCACUUGAAGCAGUACGUCGCAUCGGGCCUCUUCCCUGUCGGGCAUGAGCUGGAGCAGCUUGGAAAUUUUCAAGUGAUGAUUGACGAGAUCCUCAUGGGUUGAUGCUGUCAUCCAUGUAUCAAUGGCGGAUCAGCUACAACUAUGAUGGAGGAAUCGGGUGAUGCUGGAAAGGCGAAAAGCUGCAGCUUUUUGAUGAGGGGACUUUGCCGUUUUCCUCAAAAUGGUUACUUUGCUUCAACCUUUUCUUAUCAACUCCUCCAACUUCUGUAAAGCUUCAAUUUUGGUUUCUGCGACCAACCGAUCUUGGCUCCUCCGUCGAACUCGGGCGACCAUGAGCUCGUCAGAACGUCUACUGUCUAAGUAUGCGAAUUACGGGCCGAGGGAGAUGACGAUCGGAGCGCCGGUCUGAACAUUUCAAUGAAGUUGGGGGUUCUGAUGGGAAAGAUUUUGGACCAAUGAGCCGCGCAUGAACAAGCGGAAAAGUCGAGGGAUCAAAGUUUACUUGUUCGCGACAUUCGUACGAAAUCGAAAGGGAUUUGCUAUGGUCCCCCGGGGGCAACACCAAUGGGGACUAUCUUAGGGGCAUGGUUCUGCGAAGGAUGCUAUGAAGUUCCGCAAAAUCACAAUAUAUAUUCGACAUUUUCGAUCGCGAGAUUGGGCAUUAGAUACUAAUCGCGAGAUUGGGCGUUAGAUACUAGCAUUCGAUCUUCGCGGAAAAUGCGGGGAAGAAGAUGGCAACAGCAAGCAAGAUGAUCUCCAUGAAGAAACUGCCAGUGGGGUACAGAUUGAAUCCCUCUGAUGAAGACCUUGUCAAUCACCACUUGAGGAGGAAGCUCCGGAACGUCCUGGAGGAGUACUGCCUGAUCCCUGAGUUCGACAUCUACAAGCUCCCUCCUUGGGAUCUCAUCACCAAGUUCAAUGAGCUGUCCGACUUGGCAUCCGAUGGUGGGGAUUGCUUCUUCUACCAUCGCCGGAACAAUCCUAAUGGCAAGCGGAAAAAUAGGAGGACCGAUGGAGGGUUCUGGAAAGUCACCGGCGAGGGCCGGAAGCCCAAGAAGACCGACCGGACAAAAUGGCUUAAGAGGAUCCUGGUUUAUCACCUUGGCAAACAGAAAAAUGCUGAGAAGACCCCAUGGGCAAUGCAUGAAUACGAGGACACCUCCGAUCCGAGUGUCGUUGUAUGUCGUAUACAUAAGAUUAAGCCGAAGACGGGAAAACAAAAGGUCGAUUCAGUUUCAUCUGAAGCUGACUCGAGUAGUAGCCCUAGAGCAACUGAUCGUUCUGAACCCCGAAUCGAACCCCAAGAAACGAGCCCAGAGGCAUCCGUGCAUAUGACAAUGGAGUCACAAAACCAGCCUCCAUUUUCCAACAAUGUACCGGAGUGUAACACGUCUUGUCCUCAGCAGAUGCAGAUAGAUGAUUUCUUGCAAGUAGAUGAUCUUGAGGAUCCACAAGACCCUCAGGUCCUCACGAGGGAACAGUCACCUUGCUCUGAGAAUACAUUCAUUGAUGGAUGUGACCAGGGAUAUGUUAGCUGGUCCUAUCAUCCGAAUGUUACUCCUGAAGAAGGUGGCGAUAAGUUUAUAAUUUCUCGAACUCCUUCUGGUCAACCACCAAAUUAUGUCUUACCGGGUUGUGGAUCUCCUCCUCAGCAUCCACAAAUGAUGCCUACGGAGGAGAUAUACCCCCUUACUGGUAAUACAUCUUUUAACGCUAGAUGUAGUAGUGAGACCUAUUCUCAAUCGGAUAUUCAUGGACAAGGUGCUGAGUUUCCCCUUGUUUCCAUGAAUUGUGGACGUCAAGAACCAAACUUCAAGGAAGCUCAACAGUCCACCUUAAAUUUACAAACUCCAACUUCGCCCCCAAAUUCCGAUUUAACUUUUUCUCCUGAGGAGCUGCAGAUGCUGCAGGAGUUGUUAUCAGCACCCAGCAUGCUCCCUUCACCAGAUAGUUCUGGAGGAGGGGAUCCAAGUUCACUCUAUCUUGGUCAAAGCUGUGAUUCUCAGCCAGCAGAUCUAGAGGUGACUCAAGACUUCCCUAUUGAGUUACCACCGUCAGCUGAUCUUGACUCAAUGUUAGCUAAUUUUUUCGCUUCUUCUCCACCGCCAGAGGUAGUAGUGGGAAAGAGUUUAUGUGGACAAGUUAGUACAGUUACUGGAGGAUAUAGCACAGAAUACUGUGGGGUGCCAUAUGCUUCAGGAGGUAAUUACAAGACAAGCAAUCAUAUGUCUGCAGGGUGUUGGAAAUUAUGAAGCCCUUGGAACUCUGCAAGAGGGCAUCUGUUCAAGCUACCCUGCAAUCGAAAUUUUCCGACGCAAUCUUCAAGUUUCGGCCUCUUAAGGCCACCGCUUCAAUCCUUUAGUAUCAGAAUCCCCAACUCAGUUAUCUAGUUUAUGCUGUUCAAGUAUUGUGCGUUCGAUGUAUAGGAUAGCGAAUCUAAAUUCAGUACUAUCCAAAAAAUAUUGGUUCUCAUACCGGGAGCUACAUCAGGAGGUAAUAUGGAGUUAGGUUAAGAAAGUUAUGUGAAAGACUCCUCUAUCCACAAUAAUUUUAUUGGUGGUUCAACAGAGGAGAGAGUACAUUGGAAGUAGACUUCAGGAGUUGUGUGAAUCAAGUGCUCCAAUCAUCGUGUGAUAGAUUGGUCAUUUGAUUUAGUGGUCAGGUGCCUGAGAUGUUAUCUACUUCCUACUACCGGAGGUUCCUUAGAGGAGAGACGGUAUAUCGAAAAUUGAACUUCAGGUGUUGUGUGAAUCAAGUGCCCCGAUCAUCGGGUUGUAGAUUGGUCAUAUGAUUAAGUGUUUAGAUGUCUGAGAUGUCUUCUACUUCCUACUAUGGGAGGUUCCAUAGAGGAGAGACGGUAUACCGGAAAGUAGACUUUAGGUGUUGUGUGAAUCAAGUGCUCCAAUCAUGUUAUAGAUUGGUCAUUUGAUUUUAGUAUUCAGACGCCACGUUUGUCUUCUACUUCCUACUAUGGGACAUGGGAUUGUGCCUCAGUUGUAUUGAUGUAUUUCCUACUAUAUAUGGGACAUUCAGCUAUAUCUAUGGAUCUAGUUUGUAACUAGUUAAGGAGCCACCGCUGUAAUGUGGAUCUGCUUUUCUCUACUUUUUCUUUUUUCCCUUAUUCAAACAGUAAAUAUUGUAGAGGCAUGUAUUUUUAUUUGAAUGAUGAAUUAUGGUUGCAGAUGUAACAGCUGGUUGUCCAAGUUUCAUAUUGAAAAUUAAUUGAAUUUAGCUUGUUUAUGCA